AUGCUCCGAUGCACAAACAUGCACCCAUACACUCGCAUACGUACAUCAGGCAGCAAUAGUGAAGAGGUCUCAGUUGGCUCCUGCAGCACGGGUUGUUCAAUGACCUCCGUACGCGAAGCAGAGCCCUAUCUGGAUCACAUGGAGCCCGAGGGCAGAUUCACAGAUGCCAUCUGCGGGGCGGCUGAGAAGUGCCUGAGAGGUAGACAUGCGCGGGCGGCACAAGAAGAAGACGAGGAAGAAGAGGUUGGGGAGGAUGAAGAUGAAGAAGAGCGAGAGCAUGAGCAAGAGGGUGAAGAAGAUGAGGAUGAAGAGGCAGAAACAGAGGAGAUGUAUGAAGAAGAAGAACUGGAAAAGGAGGAGGAAGAAGAUGAUGACGAAGAAGAAGAAGAAGAGGAAGAAGAGGAGGAAGAAGAGGAGGAAGAGGAAGAGGACGAGGAAGAGGAAGAGGAGGAGGAGGAGGAGAGAGAGCAUGAAGAGCAGGAGGGAGUAGGUAAUGAAGAGGAUGAAGGAGAAGAGGAAAACGAAGAAGAGGUGGACGAUGAAAGUGAGAUGGAAGAUAUCUCCCACCAAAUAGAGGCCCGAUUGAGCCAAGCGGAGAUCAGUCCCCUGUUGCAAGCAGACACGGUUGAUAGCCGUCCGAGCUCCAGAAUAGCUGGAACACAUUCAGCAGUCAGUAACUCUGCCUUUCAAGCUGCUGCCUCUCGACGUGCCGCUUCAACUGCACGAGGUCGACAUGUAAAUCGUUGUGGUUAUGCGUCUGUUGGACCGGCAGACAAGCCAAUCCGUCCUCUUGCCUCAGCCCCCAGCCAUGGCGCCGGCACUCAGGCCCCGCGAACCAACUUGGGCUCCACUCCCGUCCAGUCGACCGACGCCAACCAGACCAUGUCGAGCCAACACUGCGACACACAAGCAACUGGCUUGUCGGGGAUGGUGAUAAAGACCCAUCGUGUGCUCGACACGGACGGCGGAUCCUCGGACUAUGUAUAA